AUGCCAGUUGCAAUGGAGUCCUUGGAGCAGGAGCCCGUUCGCCUGGCGGUGGGUCGAGCCGCCUGGUGGAUCCCCAAUCCCGGUGCGGCGGCCCCAUCCACUCAGCCACCCAACCACUUAGCUGGAGCUUCCGCGGAGGAUACGCGAAAAUUGUCAUUUGCCGCCGCUCUAAAGGAUUUGCUGCAGAACCUGUCGUUCCAUUGUUACGCAAAGCUGGUGGAGCAGGGGCGACGGAUCCAGGAGCGCUUCUUCUGGUUCGUCUUCCACAUUACCGCUCUGAGCGUCCUGAUUGCCUUCCUCUACGGCAGCUACACCAACGAGCAGGACGCCUUGGUGACCACCAUGUACCACCCGCUGUAUCCCAUCUGGAAGGUGGAGUUCCCGGCCAUCUCCGUCUGCAGCUUGAACAGGAUCUCGCAACGCGCCGCCUGGCAGUAUGCCCACGAGCUAAGUGGCAAGGAUCCCAAGCUGCGCAAUGCCAGCUACUUCUACAAGCAGAUGGAGGCCUUCAUGUACCUGUACUACGACCCCUCGGACAAAGUGGACAUGGACAGCGCCCUGCGCUUCCAGAGCUUCCUGGACAAGUUCGACAUGGAGGAGCAGGACCUCUUCUUCAACACCCGCAAGCGGAUGCACGCGCUCACUCCGAACUGCAGCGACAUGUUCGUGAGCUGCAGGAUUGCCGGGAGGCUCUUCGACUGCAUGGACCAGUUCGAGGAGACCCUGACCAGCCAUGGCUUCUGCUGCACUUUCAACUACGAUGGGAGGUACGUUAAUAAAAGGGACUUCCGGCAGCGCUACUUUGGCCCCGAUAUGGGAUUGGUUUUGACCCUGAAAACCGAUCCCAGCGACAACUUCUACAAGAUAAACAGUCACAAUGGCUUUCCGCACAGCUACCCGGAUCCCUUUUCCGGCGGAGUGGCGGAGCGCGUGGCCGAGACGGGCUUCAACACCCUGCUGCCGGUGCGGGCCAAGAUCUUCGAGACGCUGCCCGAGGCGCGGAGCAUGAGCCCAUCAGUGCGCAAGUGCCUGUUCGAGAACGAGAUGCCGUGGAUCUUCGCGCGGCACUACACCUUCAGCAAGUGCAUCUCGGCCUGCCGGGCGCAGAGCGUGGUGGGCCUCUGCGAGUGCGUCCCCUUCAGCCUGCCCCACCGGUACAUCGACGGGGGCGAGAAGCGGAUCUACUGCACCCUGCAGCACCUGGCCUGCCUCAAGCGCUACGAGUUCAAGUGGCUGAACGUCAUCACCAGUCGCGAGAACGUGACGGGCCUGGAGCACGAGCUGCAGGACGCCCUCUUCUGCCCCCUCUGCCUGGCCUCCUGCACGGAGACCCGCUACAGUGUCCGCGGAGCCAUGACCCUCGGCCUGCCCUCCCCCUCCUCCAUCUCGACCAAGGGCCCUGCGCAGAGCAGUUCCGGACCGCGUGCCAAUAACAGUUACGGCUCAGCCCCCACUCCCGGAUCCGGAAAGGGUCCCAGCUCAUCCUCAACCCAAAGGAUCUCCACUUCAACGGAACUGGCCGUGGUGCGUAUUUAUUUUGCCGAAACGCACAUUCAAUACUUUCGCCAGAUUAUUAAGAGCGCCUGGUACGAGACCUUCAGUACGAUUGGCAACAUCUGCGGCAUUAUAGCCGGCUUCUCGCUGAUUGGCAUCUGCGAGCUGCUGUUUUUCCUAGCCAAACAAUUAUGGCAGGCCUGCCGCGCGGAGCUGCGGGCCGACCUCGCCCACAUCCACGUCCAAAUCCGGGCGCAGGUAGCGGAACCGGAAGCAGAGCGGCCGAUGAAGUUGUUUAUACUGCCGUAA